AUGGGUUCAAUCGGUCUCGAAGUUCCAGAUGAUUCACUGUUCUACCAAUCUGCAUAUAAGACAACAGCUCCAAUCGUUGUAUCAGCAUCUGGACAUUACUUUACUCUCGAGAAUGGACAAAGGGUACUCGACUCAAGUUGUGGUGCCGCUGUUUCUGGAAUUGGCCACGGAAAUGCGCGCGUAAACGACGCAAUUAUUUCCCAACUGAACAAGUUGACCUACGCGCACCCAGGGUACUUUCAGAACUUGCCAGCAUUGGAGCUUGCGGAUUUUUUGGUCAAGUCAACGGGCGGUAAAUUGUCUCGCGCAUGCUUGGUUGGAUCAGGCUCGGAGGCAGUAGAAGCUGCCAUGAAACUUGCCAUGCAAUACCAUCUGGAAGUUUCAUCAGACUCUGCUCGAGUGAACUUUAUUGCAAGGCGAGGCUCUUGGCAUGGAUGCACCCUAGGUACUCUCGCUCUGGGAGACUUCAAGCCACGGAAACAACUCUUCCAGUCUGCACUUAGCACCAACGUGUCUCAUGUAUCUCCAUGCCAUCCUUACCGUGAGCUCCGAGAAGGCGAAACCUCCGAAAGUUAUGUAGCUCGUCUAGCUCAAGAAUUAGAGGAUGAGUUUCAAAGACUUGGGCCGGACACAGUAUGUGCAUUUGUUGUGGAACCAAUGGUUGGUACUGCACUUGGCUGUGUUCCUCCAGUACCUGGAUAUCUUCGAGCAAUGAAAGAAGUCUGCCAGCGUCAUAAGGCUCUUAUCAUAUUUGACGAGGUCAUGUGUGGUUUAGGACGUACUGGCACCCUGCACACAUGGGAAGAAGAAGAUGUUAUACCAGAUAUUCAAGCCAUCGGGAAAGGUCUUGCUGCUGGAUAUGGAACAAUAUCUGCAUUGCUUAUCCACGAGAAUGUGAUCACGGGUCUGAAGGCCGGCAGUGGGUCUUUUCAGCACGGCCAAACAUAUCAAUGCCAUCCAUUGAACGUCGUCGCAGCCCUCGAAGUCCAGCGCAUUGUCCAAGAAAAUGAUUUAGUGAAUAAUGCUCGUGCAAUGGGUGAUUAUCUCGGCCGGCUGCUGAAAAAGCGAUUUGAGAACCAUCCAAAUGUGGGCGAUGUUAGAGGACGCGGUCUCUUCUGGUGCAUUGAAUUCGUGGCGGAUAAGUCAACCAAAGCUCCAAUGAAUCCAAAGCUGAAUGUUGCAAAACGACUUCGUUUGAGAGGACUUGAGAAGGGGUAUGAUGUUUGCCUCUUCUCCGCGACUGGCUGUGCCGACGGAUGGAUUGGAGAUCACUUUCUCUUGGCUCCAGCUUUGGAUGUCAGCCGGUGUGAAAUCGAUGAAAUUGUAUACCGCGCAGGGCGCGUGGUAGACAGCGUAUUUGCGGAGCUAUAG